AUGGUCUGGGAGAUACAAAUGAUCAGGCACCCCCAGUCGAUCAGCAACAAAUACGACAUGCUUCACGAUCUUGGCCGGGGAGGGGGCGGCUUUAACGCAGGCAUCGCCGUUGUCAGGCGCAGAUCAGACAAGCUAAUUUGUAUCCGCAAGCGACUCGUCCUCGGCCAGCUAUCGACGCCUCACCACUGGAAUCGAGAGGCAGACAUCAUGCGCAAACUGCGAGGACAUCGGAACAUCUGCAAUUUCAUCGAAGCCAAUAUCGGGACAGAGAGUGGGGAGUUAUACGUCGAGUACUGCAAGAUGGGCACCCUCCACGACUUCUUGUUGUACAUGAAAAACAGGCUGCUGGUUGUGCCCGAAAGGUUUGUAUGGCAAGUGCUGUUUGACUUGACCUCAGCGUUGCGCUGGAUGCAUGAUGGCAUUAAGACCUCAGCAGCCAUCGACCAAACGAGGGUACCGGGCUGGAUGCCGAUCAUACACAGAGAUAUUAAACCAGAUAAUUGCUUUCUCCAGGUGCAGACGUGCCCCAACAGCAUAUAUCCAAUGGUCAAGUUGGGAGAUUUCGGCCUUGCAAUCCGCAAGAAGGACUUCAAUAACUUGAGUCCCACCAGUAAAGCAGUGUGCGCUCCAGGUUGGUUCCCCCCAGAGUAUCCUCUAUGUGGAGAACGCAGCGACGUUUACCGCACUGCGGCGAUAGCCCAGUUGAUGUGCUUGCCCACCUGGGCCUUUGGUAUUGCCGCACAAAUAUCACCAUAUUACAGUCAAGGUCUGCGUAUUUGUAUCCAGACAGGAAUGCGCAGAAACAUCCACAAGCGUCCAUUCGCUCUGGAUUUUCAGACGCUCAUCUCUAGAGAAUACACUCGACCGGAGGGCUUUCCGGUUCCCAAUGAUGCGUUCAGAGUCCUUCAAUUUUAG